GCAGCCUCUUUACGGGCUUUGUGGUUUCGUGCGUAGCGAUGUGGGUGCAUUUGAACCUCAUCCCUUGUCGGUUCGGCAUAGGCUGUGAAAGUACAGAACCGUUCAAGGAAAGUCGAGUCUCUGCAGAAUGGCUGGGUGUGAUUUGCACGCUAAAUUUGACUAAUUAUACUUGUGCUAACAGUUCCAGACACUCGCAUCCUGAAUUGUGUGGAGAAAAAGUUCCAAUCGACUUCCGUAUAUAACUCGACGUAUUGAAUGAUGACUUUGACAAUCUCUGCCUGGUGGCGAGGAUUUUCUAUAUACAAGGUCAUGUCAUCUAAAAAUGAAGAUGGUUUUACUUCUUCCUUUCCAAUCCAGUGGACAGAAGAUUGCAGAAAAUCAACAUAUCCUCCUUCUGGACCAACCUACAGGGGUCCAGUUCCUUGGUACACCAUAAAUCUUGAUUUACCACCCUACAAAAGAUGGCAUGAAUUGAUGACUGACAAGACACCAGCGAUAAAGCUUAUCCUUAAUUCCAUGAAGGAUUUUGUAAAUGCAUUUGUACCAAGUGGAAAAAUUAUGGAGCUAGUGGAUCGAAAGUUGCCUGGUCUACUCAGCCACCUUCCUGACCCUUGUGGGGAAGAGAUAGAGGGGAUUGCAGCUGUUACUGGCAUACCUUUAGGUGAGGUUAUUGCCUUCAAUAUUUUCUAUGAAUUUUUUACCUUGUGUACUUCAAUAGUGACAGAAGACAAGGAAGGUGAUCUACUGCAUGGUAGAAACAUGGACUUUGGAAUAUUUCUUGGGUGGAAUAUAAAUAAUAACACCUGGGUCAUAACCGAACAACUAAAACCUUUAACAGUGAAUUUGGAGUUCCGAAGAAACAAUAAAACCGUCUUCAAGGCUACAAGCUUUGCUGGCUAUGUGGGCAUGUUAACAGGAUUCCAACCAGGACGGUUUAGUCUUACGCUAAAUGAACGUUUCGCUCCAAGUGGCGGUUAUUUGGGUAUCUUAGAAUGGAUUUUGGGAAAGAGAGACGCCAUGUGGAUAGGGUUUAUAAUGAGAUCGGUUCUGGAAAAUGCCACAAGUUAUGAAGAAGCCAAGAAUAUCUUGACCACAACCAAGAUAGUGGCCCCAGCAUACUUUAUCCUGGGAGGCCACCAGUCUGGGGAGGGUUGUGUGAUCACACGAGACAGAAAAGGUUCUUUGGACGUAAAUGAGCUCAACCCUAAGCAGGGUAAAUGGUAUGUGGUACAAACAAAUUAUGACCGUUGGAAAAAUCCCUUCUUCCUUGAUGAUCGUAGAACACCUACAAAGAUGUGUCUAAACAGGACAACCCAAGAGCAUAUCUCAAUUGCAACCAUAUAUGAUGUUCUAUCAACAAAGCCUGUCCUCAACAAGCUGACUGUAUACACCACCUUGAUGGAUGUUACCAAAGGUCACUAUGAAACUUACCUGCGGGAUUGCCCAGACCCUUGCAUAGGGUGGUGAGCACGCGUCCGGCCUACUGAAUGAGCUCUUUGCAGCCGGAAGAUGCUCGUCUCCAAUAUGGCUGCCUGGGGCAGCCAUCGCUACUCACGCCAAAGACUUCUAAGAAGUGUCGUGCUUCCCUUUGAAGCACGAGCUUGUUCUUCUUAAUUGUUUACAAUUCAAAGGCUAUUUUUGCCAUUACAGCUGAUUUUUCUUACAGAUAACAUCUUCCUAGUGAAGUAUAACAAUCAUCUAGAAUUAAUUUGCUGAGUUUCAUUUCACUUUGAUAUUACUGGAGGAUUGGAGAUGGGCAGCUAAACGAUGGUGGGGCCCAGCUCCAUUGAAUAAAAUGAGAUGGCCUAUGGGUGUUGAAUACAGUGCAUCUGUGUGAGAACUGGUAAAACUAAAAUGGUACCCAUUAUUCAGUUUUUUCCUUUUACCUGCAUAUUUGUAUGCUUUGUUGUAUAGCAGUCUUUCCCCCUGGUUCUAACUACUAUUAGAAUUAAUAUACUAUUCCACUGCUGCUGUGAUAGCAGUGUAAUAUAACUUCUUUUGAUUGGGGGUGAGAGGAGCGGAGAAGAAAAAGACAUGUUCAGUUGUAUUUUUCUCUUAAUGGUCAACAAAUGGGCCUUUGACUAGGUGAAUAGAAGUACUUUUGGGGGUUUGUGAAUUAAUCAGUAUGCAAGGCAGUUUUUUAUGUAAAGAACUGAAGUGUUCACUUUUUUCAUAAUUAUUCUCCCUUCCAGUAAUCCCAGGAAGUUGUUAACUUUAGAAGUUGAGUCUCAGGUUCUGUGAAUUAACAAUAAAUAAAUAGGUCAAAGAUAUAUGGGAAAUACAAGGUAAACCUAUUAUUUUAAAUUCUCGUAACUAUUAUUCAUUAAAUAUUUAAAUAGAUUCUUAGUUUGUCCUUCUGAUCAACAGUUUUUCUUUCUUUUAAGUAUAGUCAUUGAGAAUGUUUUCCAGAAAUUAGAAUUUAUGGAAAGUGCUUGUUAAAUUAUUAACAAAGAACUUGUUAAUAACCUUUUUAACUUUCAAAAUUAACUGAAAUGUAUGCCAAUUGGGCAAGACUGUAUCCAGUUAGUUUUUGUAUAAUGUCUGUCUGUAUUCGUGACACUCAAUAAACAGUCAUUGGAAGCAGUGUCA